AUGAGUCAAUCAGAUAUCACAAUCAGGUUCUAUUAUGAAGUCUUUGAGACAUUCAGAAAUUUAUUUUAUGAUGACACCAUCACACUUUCUGAUAACAAAAGGAAAUGUAAAGCUCAUCCAAGAGCUCUCAAUUUGAAUCCAGCAUUGACAAUAGAAAAUUACAAGGAUAAUGCAUAUAAUACUGAUGGAACAGUUAUCAGGAGAAUUGCUGGUACUGAGUUUGUUAUUCUCAAUCUGGAAGUGAAAACAGAUUGGGAAACCCAGCAGUGUUCAUACUUACAGAAUGCAGCUUAUUAUGCUAACAAACUAACUCCAACUAUCCCUCUUGACAUGACAUUCUAUGAUGGCCACACAGCCAUAGUAGCAGCUUGUGCAAUUUCAACUCUUAUUAUCUAUUGGAAAUUGAAAAAUCUUAACUAUGUAGAAAGACUACGAAAUAAAAAUCUUUGGCUUGCUGAAGUAGAAAUAGAUGGAUCUAAGCAACAUGUUGUUGUUGAAUUCACUUUUAGAGAAGUUCAUGAUGCAUGUCAUAAUAAUGAGAUUGCUCUCAAGAUUUUAUACUUGAAAUUUCCUUUAUAA